GUCCCGUGGUUUGGCCGCGCUCUGUUGGCUGCGAGUUCUCUGUGGUGCUGGCAACAACAUGUGGCGCCUCCCGGGACUCCUGGGCCGAGCUCUUCCCCGUUUGCUGGGACCUGGCCUCCGGGGGGUGACUCCCAAGUCCCCUAGCCCAGAUGGGCCUCAGGCUUCCUCCUCCACCCUGCUGGUUCCCGUGCCCAACUUUGACAGGUCUGGCCCCCAUGGCCCAGGCACGAGCAGAGGCCCGAGGUCCCAUGGAUGGAAGGAUGCCUUCCAGUGGAUGUCUGCCCACGUCUCCCCGAACACCCUGUGGGAUGCCAUAUCAUGGGGCACUCUGGCUGUGCUGGCCCUGCAGCUGGCAAGGCAGAUCCACUUCCAGGCAUCCCUGCCAGCAGGACCUUGGUGGAUGGAACACUGCUCUUGGCGCAUUCCCCUGAACCGUUUCCUCUCAUCUCCCUUGUGGCAUCCGUGCUCCUCACUGCGUAGGCACAUUCUGCCCCUCCCUGAUGGCCCAGCUCCCAGGCAUACUGGCUUCAGCAAACCCAGACUUAGCCAGGAAGAACCCUCAACUCAGCCCAAGAGCUUCUCCUCACACGGCUCCUUGACAGCAGCUGGUCUUCACGACCCCUCUGAGGAAGGUCCCAGUGAUUUUGGCUUCCUUCCCUCCGGCAGUAGCUUUCAGUCUAAGGCAAACCCAGGCCAGCCUCAGCCCACUGGUGAAAAGAAGGAACAAGAUAAAUCAAGAACUCUUCCCCUCGAGGAGGCUGUGACUUCCAUUCAGCAGCUCUUCCAGCUCAGUGUUUCCAUCAUUUUUAAUUUUCUUGGGACCGAGAACAUGAAGAAUGGGGACUAUACGGCAGCCUUUUCUUACUUCCAGAAAGCUGCCGACCACGGCUAUAGCAAAGCACAGUACAACGUGGGCUUGUGUCAUGAGCAUGGCAGGGGCACCCCUAGAGACAUUAACAAGGCGGUCCACUAUUACCAAUUGGCUGCCAGCCAGGGCCACAGCCUGGCUCAGUACCGCUAUGCCAGGUGCCUACUGCAAGACCCAGCCUCCUCAUGGGACCCUGUGCGGCAGAGGGCAGUGUCCAUGCUGAAGCAGGCUGCAGACUCAGGUUUGAGAGAGGCCCAAGCUUUCCUCGGGGUGCUUUUCACCAAGGAGCCAUACCUGGAUGAGCACAGAGCUGUGAAAUAUCUUUGGCUUGCAGCCAACAAUGGGGACUCCCAGAGCAGGUACCACUUGGGAAUUUGCUAUGAGAAGGGCCUUGGUGUGCAAAGGAAUCUGGGAGAGGCUGUGAAAUGUUACCAGCAGUCAGCGGCUCUGGGAAAUGAGCCCGCCCAGGAGAGGCUGCGGACCCUCUUUUCCAUGGAGGCAGCAGCCCCAGGGCCCAGCAACCUGGCAGUUACAGGAGUGAAGUCUUUCUCCAGCCCCUCCCUCUGCAGCCUGAACACCUUGCUGGCAGGAGCCUCACGCAUCCCACAUGCCUCAAGUACAGGAAACCUUGGCCUCCUCUGCAGAAGUAGGCAUCUCGGAGCCAGCCCUGGAUACCCCAGUGGGACCAUCCCUCCACACCCCUACUCCUUGGAAAGGAGUCUUGUAAGACUGGGUUUUGGCUAAGACCUUCUCACUUCAGCCCUAAAGAUGGAGCCUGUGGGUUCUCAGAGAGAGAUCACAGCUUGAGUCUCAAAGAAGAGGCCAGUUUUAUACACACCUUCCCAAAAACCUUAAGCACCUUCCCCAGCACAGUAAAGAAGAGGAAAGUGUAUGAAGACCCAUGUUCUGGCUCCGCCACUUGCCAGGCCAUGUCGCCUGAAGCAGUGACUGACUCACUAUAUUGUUUCCUAAGUGGUAGACCAGGGGCAGUGGUGUCUGCCCUCCUACCUUAUAGGACUGAUACGAGGACAUUUCACUGCAGGGGGGACCUCAGUGCUCACAUAGGCUCAGGGGGGCAGAGUGAUGCCCCUGGUUGCAUGGCUUUAUGAGUCUCUAGGCCAGGAUGAGGACUCGGACCCAUUGAUUCCCAGCCCAGGGUUCUUUUCUACCACUUCACACUGUAAUUUUAUGGGAAAGCAUUAUUAUUGUCCUACCGAUGUGAGGGGUAAAUGGAGAUUGAGCACCUGGAGUCUUGGAGCAGGAGAGUGUGGAUUUUGAGCCCUGUUUGGGAAAGUUGUACCAGAAAUGUGUGGGUUUUUAAUAAAACAGAUACUGGAUUAUCUCA